AUGCGCGGCCUCACGUCGCACAGACGACUCGCUGCAGCGCCACGAAGAAGGCAGGGGCUACCAAUAUCGCAACGAUGGCUGCAGCUUUUCUUUUCCGCCCUGCUGGUGGUUCUGCAACACGGAACAUCGAUACAGUUCGUGACAGCGGCAUGCACACCCGAGUGCACAGCGGGCAGAUCUAUGUGUCAGGAUAACGUGUGCUGGUGCAAGGCGCCCUAUUCCGGACCUUCGUGCGAGCACCAGGUCGACGUGCGCACACGGGUGGGGAGACUGGUUUUUGUGUCGAUUCUUCUCUUCGUCACGCUGGUGGGCAUGAUUCUUGGGGUAUAGUUGCUUUUUUAGUCCGCAGUAUUUUGUUUCAACUUCAAGUAACGUCCAACGCUUCUUCUCAUGCACCUCGCUUGUCACGACUCUGUUUUGCUUUUGUCAUAAUCAGAUAAUCACGAGCGGGAUAGCAAGUGGCGGAGGAUCCGGCAUGGCGAAUUACGACCUGGCGGCGAAAAAGCGAGAAUUCUGGACUGUUGCGAAGUAAUGAGAGAGAUCGGGAGAAAUCUCAUGCUUUGCGCACGACAGUAGCACGAAGACUGAUACAUAGGUUCCGCAGACUGACAUGCGCUCAUUGGACCAACACGUGAAAUUGAGAUCUGAAUACUUUGAAUCCUUGAAGUACAACAGUUGGCCUCCGAAAUGGCGGUAAUCUGUGCAGGAAGAAAUUUUUAUACAUUGUUGUUCAC